GCACUUGUCCUUCCAGCAACUUUGUUAUGACAACAAUUGCUAGCGACUACAAUGUGUUCUCACUGAUUAUAGCACCCUGUUCUAAUUGUGCCCAGAAACACGUUCAGUGCGAUGGAAUGCAACCUUCUUGUUCAACUUGCUUAAAAGACUUUUGUGAAUGCAUGUACAAAUCUCGGGCUAAUGUCGAACUUGGAGACAGGGAGCGAGCAGAGAGGAUCAAUUUACGAAUUCACAACCUCAUAAACAACAUUUUCUCGCUGACUAGGCCGAAGCAAAACCCAGUUCUACAAAUCCAGAACCAGUCGAGUCAACAACCUACGUCCCAGGCUAUCAAGCAGUUGCAGGCCAACAGCUCUAACCAUGACAAUGCGGGUAUGUCCGGGCAAUCGGAACAGUCGACUAUAAUUAAGAAAGAAAAGGACGACUUACCGUUCAAGCUGCCCGCGGGAUGGCGGUUAAUUACUCAAGGUGGUGGUCUUAGUAUGGAGACCAAUAUCCAUACCCUUGGCGAGCUCUACAAUACCUUACAGGCUAUCCGGCAAGAGCUGUUCUACGAAGGCAGUCCACCGAUUAGUAAAAAUUUGGGAGAUCCUCGGGCCACGCGAAGUCGAACAGGGGGACCAGCCGGUGUGGACCGCUUGACAUUAAGGCGGCAGUAUGGGUAUUAUAUUACAUCUCCGGACUCAUCUCUUAGUCCUGCCAAACGGAAUUCUGGCAACCAACUGGCUCGAUACCCACCCGAAGUUUUGGAUAGAUUAAUUCAAUUGCAUCUUAAUUGUACAUCACAUUGUCCUGUAGACAAGCAGGCCUACCUUUGGCGUUACAGAGAGCGCAAGCUACCAAGACCCCUCAUCUAUGCCAUCUAUGCAUGUGCAGCCUUGCAUGCUUACCGAUGCCACCCCGAGUUUGAUCAUCUUGACUACCUUGAAGACCUAGCCGAAAAGUCCUAUACACUGGCAAGAGACUUGGUGAACUUUGACGAAAUGCGCAUGAUUACUAUUGAAACCCUUAUGGUCAUGCAAUAUUACAAGGCUGGUUGCGGUCAGCUUCGUGAAGCUUACAGCAUUUUUGGAUCGGCUGUUCGAAUGGCGCAUGCAUUACACCUGUAUGAAAACUGCAACAAUCCCCAUGCCUCCCCUCAAGAGCGAGAAAAUAGCCGACGUUUGUGGGCAUGGAUAGCAUGGUUUGAUAUGAGCUAUGUGAUUUUCAGUGGCUACGUGCCCAUGCUUUGCGACGACAAAACACGGCUUAUACAACUUACAGCCCAACCCACUGAUGAUGAAUCAGCUCGAGACUUUAUUGAAUCCCGAAGUUUGAUUAUUCAAGGGUUACAACAUGGCGUUCGAUACGCACUUAGUAAAGACGAAGAUAACGACGGUUGGGAACUCGGAAUCCCAAGCCCCCGAGCUAUGAAGCUACUGGAUGAUUUGCAUCGCUGGCGAGCGUCUUUAAAACCCACCUUUGAAGUUCCUGAACUAUCUCCAACCCUCGAAGGUGGCGACGGACAUCCCAAAUAUACCACUCGACAUCGUCACUUAUACCUCAAACAUGCACAAUACUACAUUUUCCUUCUAGUAAUCCACAAACCCUUUGUUAAAUCUCUGCAGCCAGAAUCUGCAGCGUCAUCCAUUGACGAUGCUGACAUUGAGGACGAAAGCAGCUUCUCGUUUGAAAAGCAUGCACUUGACAUAUGCACUACCGGUAAGCAAAGCCGGAGUCAAUGGGGUUUGGGUAACAAUGAAAGAGGACUGACAUUUUUCCCAAUUGCAAUAGCCGCAUUCAGCCUGACGGAGAUCGUUUCCAUCUAUGGCUCAGUCAAGGAUUACUGUAUGUUUACUCAGCUAUUGGAUGGUUUGGCAUCGGCUGGACGAGUGCAUCUAUUAAAUGCCGGCAUUUUACAAGCAAGGAGGCCUAUGGUGAUCAAAAAAGAUCUGAGGAAAAAGUCCUUGGUAGCAUUGCAAAGAAUCAUACAAGUCAUUAGUAAUGGGCCUAUCUUCAAGUUGGCUCAAGCGCAAGCUAUGGUCAACGACUUCAGCAACAAAUUAGCUAGUUCAACGUUUUGAAAUAAUAAAUUGAAAGUCCCCAGAAAGAUGAGGUGGAGCUUCACAAUAGUGAAGGAGUG